AAAAUGAUUUACUAGCAGAUAUAAUGAGUUUUACAUCUAUAAUCAUUUUGGAAAUUCAAAACUGGUUUCCUAAUGAUCCUUUUGUAGAAGCUAUAGGAAUUUUUAAGUUAUCUGACGAAUUAUUAAAUAAUGAAAAUCUGUUAGAAUUUGGUAACAAGGAAUUGGAUUUGUUGCUGGACAUUUAUGGAAAACCACAAUUUCCUUUAUUUUCAUAUGCAAUAGUUGAUUCUAAUAAUACUCGUACAGAAUGGCUUCAUUUUAAAAAACUUAUAUAUGAAGAUUAUCAAAAUCUUUCAAUAGACAAAUUACUUAUUUUAUUAUUUAGAUAUUAUUCUAGCUCAUAUCCGAAUCUUAUUAGACUAUUAGCGAUUAUUUCUUUUUCUAGUGUAGAAUGUAAACGUGGUUUCUCUAGACAAAAUUUAAUUAAGACUAAACUACGAACUACUUUAAAUAAUGAUAUUUUAAAUAUGUUAAUGAUGGUUGGAUUAGAAGGAGCGGAUGAAGCAGAAUUUAAUUUUAAUGAUGCAUUGGAUAUUUGA